UUAGAGAAGCAGUCUGACGCAAAGUUAAUAUCCUGGCGACACUGCAUUACUCUGAGCUUAAAUUUCAAACUAAAAGAGAUUUCUGGACAAAAUUCUUCAAGCUGUUAGAUCUUUAUACAAAUAGUGGCGCCAGCAGCUCACCGUCUCACCCCUGUUCACGACGUUAGAAACUACAGGACCAACAAAAUGGUGCUGAAUGACACAGAGAUAAAUAAAGACUUGGAGAAAUACUACUUGUCACCAUCCUAUGCCAUCGAGUUCUGCAUUGGAUUCCCGAGCAACCUUGUGGUUGUGCUUGGCUACAUAUUUUGCCUUAAGGAGUGGCACAGCUGUCAUAUUUACAUAUUUAACCUGGCUGUCUCUGACCUUGUUUUCCUCUGCACUUUGCCACACCUCUCCUACCUUUAUGCAAAUGACUACCCGGUCACAUCUCCCUUUAUAUGCAUUAUCAACCGCUACGUCUUGCAUCUCAAUCUAUACUCCUCUAUCCUCUUCAUGGUUUGGAUCAGCAUGGAUCGUUUUCUGCUCAUCAAACAUCCCAUGAAAAAUCAUCACCUGUUGACACCAAGAGGAGCCCUAAUUGUUACAGGGUUGACCUGGCUGGCUGUUAAUGUGGAAGUUUGUCCGUUAAUAGCCCUGAUUGUUAAAGACUUGCAGAGAGAAAAUUUGAGCAGAUGCUUGGAUUUCUCCAGCCUUGAAGGAGAUUUUAAUACACUGGGCUACAGCUUAGGCCUAACCAUAACAGGCUACAUCCUCCCUCUGCUCGCACUUUGUGUCUUUUCACAGAAAGUUUCACAUCUGCUCCACAUGCAGGAACGAGCUGUGCAGAACAGGACAUCCUACAAGAGGCCACUUAGAGUUGUUAUAUCAGCCACUGUUAUGUUCUUUGUCCUCUAUACCCCUUACCAUGUGCUGAGAAAUGUCAGAAUUGCAUCUCUGCAACAAUGGGCUGGAUAUCACAGUAAAACAAUAGGUAUUAUAAAAGCAACCUACAUCUUAGCUCGACCGUUUGCAUUUUUGCACAGUGUUAUUAACCCAGUCUUCUACUUUCUUCUCGGAGACAAGUUCAGAGAGCUUCUAAUCUCUAAAAUCAGAGAAAUAACCAGAAAGCCAGACCUGAGAAGAGAGCCAGCCUGAACAUUUUAAAUAUAGGAGUUUUGCUUUGUAGUACGACAUGCUUUUCAAGUUAGCAAAUGCUGAAUUUUUUAUUUUCUUAAAACUUUUAAUUUAACAGAUACAGUACUACUUUCUUAGUUACAAAAAUGA